GGAAGCUUCCUACACUGUAUUUUCUGCAUAGUUUUUUCAAAAAAUAUUAAGAAAUGGCCAAAAACGGCGAGCCAGAUUACGACCAACUUGGAGAUAAAGGAGAAUGCAAAGUGAAAAUAAUUUGUCUUGGAGACAGUGCUGUUGGAAAGUCAAAGUUGGUUGAACGAUUUCUGAUGGAUGGAUAUAAACCACAGCAACUUUCCACGUAUGCCCUGACACUCUUCAACUAUAAAACCAAAGUUAACGAUACAGAUGUUUUAGUGGACUUCUGGGAUACUGCCGGUCAAGAGAGGUUUAAUAACAUGCAUCCAUCCUACUACCACCAAGCCCAUGCUUGCAUACUGGUGUUUGAUUCCACUCGGAAGGUGACAUACAAGAACCUGCCUCUCUGGCUGAAGGAACUAAGAGAGUACCGUCCAGAAAUACCGUGUCUCUGUUGUUCCAAUAAAAUAGAUGUUGACUACAACGUUACAAAGAAAAGUUUUGGGUUUGCGAAGAAACAUCGAAUGCCAUUUUACUUUGUAUCAGCUUCUGAUGGUACAAAUGUAGUUAAGAUGUUUAAUGAUGCAAUACGAGCCGCGGUGGCGUACAAAAAUGACAGCACCGACUUCAUGGACGAGAUCAUGAGAGAGCUAGAGAAUUUUGAGUUGGAGCAGGCAGAUUCUGGAAAAUCAAAAGAGAAAGAAGAAGUUAGUGACAGUGGACUUGAUUCUCCUGGUAACCAUGACAACAAGGAACACAAAGAUGCAACAAACAGCUGAGAGUGACCUCCCUUAGGAUUAUAUACAUAUCAUGUUGUUAAGGAUACAAAUAUUUAACUUGGUUAAACUAUGGUUAAUUUUAAUGAAGUGUUGUGAGGCUAGCUAGUGUCUGGCUGAUAGACCUUUGACAUGCUUUUUCAUUUAGGCCAAAAUGAUUUGGAUUAGUGUUUCCAGUACUCCAGCCAGAGCUUUGAGAAUAGUUUAUUGUUUUAAAUUCAUGAUUAUGACUUUAGUGCUAGUUGUGGCAAUCCAACUUUAAGAAAGAUGCCCAUCAAAGAGAAAAUAAAAGACUUUAAAAUAGCUUUCAAUUGUCCAUAAAGCUGAGAUAAACAAAAAAAACACCAAAUUUUACCUUGAUUUUUUAAAAGCUACUGGCUAGCCAAGAGAUAGCAAUAAACAAUAUUUGACUUGUAGAAGGGGUUGGUUUUUUGCAAUAGUUAGUUACCGUGUACAUUUAGAUAUUUUAUUUAAUAUUUCUGCGGAUAUGAAAUUUCAGUACAUGUAUGCCGGUAUAAUGCUUCACCCUUGCCCUGUCUGUAAAAGUAUUGUGAGGUCUUAGAACCAAACAGAUGUAAUUCCAUGUCAGAAUAAAAGGAGUUACAAAUGUUGGUCUGUUUUGCGACGAGCCCCAGGCCCAAAUUUCUUUAAACUUCUUUUAACAUGAUUAAGCUAAGCUGAUUAUUUUUUGUUUUUCUAUAGUUUGUGUUAUAUUUACUAAGAUUUUUUAGACUUUUAAUCGAAAUUAUCUUUAUGAUAAUCACACUAAACAAUUUUUCAUUUAUUAAAAUCAGAUUUAGGUAUGUAUUUGGGCAAAUUGAAAUAAUGUUAAGCUUAAAAAGUUUCUAGAAAUAGGGGCCUACUUAGACAAUUCAAAUUCUUAAAUGUCAUGGCCUAAAUUUAGUAAAUGCUUCAAGCAUAGAUUUUUCAAACACUCAUGUUUUAUCAGGCAUCACAGUUACAUUUUUUAUGCUUGCCAUGUUUGUUUCUAAAUCGCGAAUCAUUCCUUUAUGAACUAUUCAUUUUGCUAUAAGUACUUUUCCAUUCUUGAAAUCAAUUAUCAUUUUGACAUACAUUCAAUUUCGACUCAUCAAGCAGCCACCCUUGAACUUAUUUCAAAUUGAAUAUUUAAAUCUUUUAACAACUCGUAAUAUACAUUUUUAGUAAUGAUUUGAAUACAAAGUCAUUUAAAAGGCUUUUUCUAAAAAAAAACAUGAUUAUUGUAAUAAACGUUGAUGUAAUUGGUAACAGAGAUAAACAUGUAAAUGGACAUUUAGGAAUUUGUAUUUACAAGAAAAGAGCCAGAUUUUAGACCACAAGUUCACAUUGUAUAUAUUUCAUGGAAAGCUUAGAUUACCCAUAAUGCACUUGACCCAAUCUAGUUUGAUAGGCAUUAGUAUUACUUAUAUCAUGUGUAGAAACACCCCAUUUAGCAUUAUAAGAAUUGCACAACUUCUUGUAUAUUUAUUGCCUAAGUUAUAUUAGUGUUAGCUCUACCUCAACGGUACAGUUCCUGUCAAAUAAGAAUUUGCAUAUGUGUAGUAUUUGAAAAAAAUCAUCUAUGUUACGAAUAUUGUUAUAAAAUACAUGUGUUAAAGCGAUUAUAAAUUAAUUGCUAGAUUUUCAUCCCCGCCCACCCCCAAUUUAUUUCUGCCGCCCCUUAAAUUUUAUUGACACAAAUAAAAAUAUAAACUAGGCUCUGUUUUUGCGUAUCAGUCUGUACUGUCUGGGAUAGGCUUUUAUUUAUACCAGCUAGUGUUGAUAUAAUCAUUCACCUGUAAAAAAGGUAGCUUGUUACGAUGGUGUUCAUGGCUCAUUUAGAAACACAUGUAUAUGGUCCCUCAUGCAAUAAGAAAGAGCAUUUCAAUGGUGAGCAGUCAUCUUAAAGAAAAAGAAAAUGUCACCCCCUGCCCCUAUUUAAAAAAAAGAUUUAGGUGAAAAUCUAGCAAUUAAUUUAUAUUGGCUUUAUGUAGAAAUAGUUCCAGUUUAAUUGUUGAACAUUAAAGGAGCACUCAAGGUUUUAUAAUACCUAGAAAUUUUCAGCUCAGGAUCCCAACUAUAUUGUUUAUACCAAGAAAACUUCAUUUUUGUGGUCCCAGACAUGCACAGUAAUUUGGAGAUGGACAUCCCUAGCAAGAAAAUCAAGUCAGGGACUAGGGUUUUUUGCGUCAGGGAAAUUCAUGGAUGACUCUGCCAGUUUGUUUACCAACUAGUUUUCUGUUUAGUUCCAUUUUCGCAUUUUAGAACAGGCAAAAAACUGCAACACUGAGUUAAACAUUUUGGAAGUAUUUUGUAAUUAUUUUUUAAAAGGGUAUUGUGCAUGCAUUAGGGAUAUCAUGAUUGGGAACCUUUCUGGUGACCUGUAUCAUGUUGAGCUUGGUGUGUAUACACUUGUCCACUGAGACUGCAUAUUAUACACUAAACGAGAUGUGGUACAGGUCGUCAGAGAAGAGCACUAUUGUAAUAUUCCUUUUAUUAUAUGCCUUCCUUCAUAAAUUAAAUGUAAAAACUUUUUUUUCGUACCAUAAGUUAUAACCAAUUUAAAUCUGCACUUAACUUUUACCCAACAUUAUCAUUGUGGAAAUGUUGUCAUGAAUCAAUCGCAUUAAUGAUUUAAUGCAUUUUGUUAAAUAUAACUCCAAAUCAGUUGCUGAGUUACAGUGCUUUCCUUGAAAAAUAAUGUUAUUGAUUCAUUAGUAAAUAUUGUAAAAACUAGAAUGAACCACAGUGUGUAAAAGGCUGCACUCAACACUCAGCACAAGUUUGAUAUCGGACCUGAACACAACAGUAUGGUGAUACAGAAAUUUCAAUAUGGAUGUUGGAUAUUGAAAAGGAAAUUGCUAGGCUUAUGAUACAACAGCUAGGUCAUCAUGAUGUCAUCAUAAUAUUUUUAAAGUUAUAUCCAUUGUUUUUCAAAAAUUUGAGCAGUAAAUGAUAAUAUUCAUGACUAUGUGGUCUUAAAGAGUGCUCUUUUGAUGUUUCGGUGAACAAGGCUGAACUAUGUUUUUGUUGCCAAAUGUAGAUUAUGAUUAUGGUUUUAUUGUUUAUUUAUAUAUUUGCUGUUGGUAGGUAUUCUGAAUGUCAAUGACUUGUAAAUGUCACAUUUGUCAAUUGUUCUUGUUUGUAAGUGCUGUAAUUUAUUUGGAGAUAUUGACAUUGACACUCCUCGGUGUCAUACUAGUGUUACAUAUUUGAUGAAAUCUGAUUAUUUUUGUGAAAUUUUUGCAAGGAAUUUCGAAAAACGUUGCUUCUUAAUUGUUAUCAUUGUAUGUGUGAUUAGCUUAUCAAUAACACAAUCAUCAUGUGUAGUCUUUGUAUUAGCUUGUUUGAAAUGAAAAUUGGACGUGGCCUAUGACCGGUGGGAUUGGUGAGCAUCAUUCACCAAAGUUAUACAUUCUCUAACUCAACCAAUUUUCAUUUGAUCUUUAACAAACGAGGUAACAAUGUUCAUGGGAAUAAUAUCUUGACCAAAUCUGAUAACCAGCUUGACUGUUGAUUGAUGUCCCUUUAAUUUUCAAUUUGUGAAGUUUGCCGCUUUAAAUAUCAAAUUGUGAGGUCUGUCCCUUUUAAAAUCAAUUUUUGAGGUUUAUCCCUGAAAUUAUGAAAUCCUGGGUUUUGUUAAGAUAUUGAUAACAAUUAACAUCUCAAUAAAGGUUGAUAUCCAUUUCCUUGAAUUGUGUGCAUUUGAUUCCUGUGCAUGGAUGGCUACUUUAACGGGUGAAUAUUGCUCCAUUUCACCGUUCACGGCAUUCUUGUUUCUCAAUGCAUAAUUCAUUUCUACUAUAAUAGAUGAUGUUUUUGUAUGAAGGUUGUCAUUGCAGACACAUGAUACUGGCAUCGCAACUUAAAAGGACUAGACACCAGAUGGUACAAUUGCAAGGAAAAAAGAAAAUUGUUAAAAACUUACAUAAAAUUAAUAUUGUUGUGUACAACACAUUGAAUCUUUCUUACUGAUGUAUCACAUCGCUAAUGACACAUGUAUGUUUCUUUGCAAUUUCCUGGGUUUGUCUACCACAUAAAUACUAGUAUAUUUAAAAAUAGCAAUGGUAAAGGUAUCUGUAUUAAUCACAUGACUAUCACAUGCUAAAUAUACACACUAUAAACUGAGAAACCAUUAUGUACUAUUUUUUAACGGGUAAACUCAGCUGAGACAGUGACAAAAUAUUCUUUUAAUCAUGCAAAGUGAUGUAUAAUUGGCCUCAUGCUAGAUCAUAUUGACAAAACUAGGUUUGUUUUGAGGAAAUACUGUAUUUGCCGAUUUUAGACCAUCUGGUGUCUAGUCCCUUUUAGUCUGUGUAUGUUUUUCAUCAUUUUCAAAACGUUUUUUCAGUCAACUAGAUUUUAACUCACGUUAUUGUUAUUUAGACAUUGGUAUUUAUUAAAAUACUUUUCAAUUUCACAGUUUUUACAAUUGUAAAAAGCACAUUGCUGCCAAAUGUUAUAUUGAGGAUGAUGUAGUUAGUGUUAAAGUGUAUAAAAAAGAAUCCAAACCGGUAAAUAUAACCAACAAGUCUUUUGACUUUGAAUUAAGAUAUUAGAAUGAUACUUUUUGAAAGGUAGCUAGCAAGACAGGCCUGUGCAUGGUCUAAGUCUUACAACAAUUUUUAGAGCGCUAUGUGUAUGCUUGGCAUGAGACUUACAACCAUUUUAUAGAACGUUGUGCGUAUAUUUGGCAUCGGUCUUACAAUCAUUUUGUAGAGCAUUAUAUGUAUUCUUAGCUUAAGCCUCACAAUCAUUUUGUAGAAUGUUAUUUAUAUUUUCAAAAGUAUUUAAGUUAAACCUUGCAGCAGUUUUACCAAUCAUUUCUUUGAAGAGAAGAAUAAAAAUUAAAAAAGAGAAAAAUCAGGUGGUUGCAUUCCUGUGAUAGAAAUACAAAUCUGACGCAAUCUUGUAUUACUUUGGCUACUGUUCUUAGAUACAGUUUAGUUCUUUAAACAAAAUUUGUAAAUGUUUGUUUUAAAUGCAAUGAAAUGCUGUGAAUAGUAUAUAGAUAAUCUGGUCAUUGAGACGUUAGAAACCAACUUCAUAUAGAAAACUGUGUGUGUUUCAUCGAUAUGUUACAUAUUUCAUGAACUUUUACAUUAUAAUUAAAGCAAAAAUGGUUGUGAAAUGUUUUCAUUUUCACCAUCAGAUUACACCUGAACUUGUGUCCCAUUAACAUAUCGCUGAACUUGUAUAUGUUUUUUUGUUUGUUUGUUUUUUUGUCAUAUAUCACAUACAAUUGUCUUGUUUAUGAAUACCACUAGGGAGACAGCUAGUGGACUAUGCUAAGUCAUUUUCCUAGGUUAAGUAUCCUAACUGGUCAUUUGGCAUAACAUUUCAAUAAAAUCUAAAAUACUUUUUUCUUAUUAAUUGUAUAUAAUAUACCGGUACAUUUUUUUUUCAUGGGAACAAAUUUGACCAUGAAAAAUUUAGGAAUUCAACUUAAAGGGGCUGUACUCCAUAUUAUGAAAUAGCAGAAAAAAGAAAAUUGUCGAAAACUGACAAAAACUUGGUAUCGAUGUGUACAAUGCAUUGAAACUUACUAACUGACGUACCACAUAGUUUACAAUUAAUUUAUUUUUCGCAGUUUUUUGGUAUUUUUCCAUUAAAAAAUAUUACUAGGUAUGUCUACCUAGUAGAAUUCAUUCCUUAUGCGUGAUUGGCUAGUCAAAGUUAUCACAUGAUAUUACCAAGUUAGCUAUAUAGCUGAAAUAUUCCAACCAUUAAGGGUAAGCCUUCGUAGCACAGUGGAUACAACACUGGACUGCAAUUUUGGCAACCCCGGUUUAAUUUUUUUUUUACAUUUUGGUGUUGUUAAAUAAUUGUCCUGAGAUUCGUUACAGAAAUAACUUUUUUUGGUGCCAAUCUGGUUUACAGUCCCUUUAAGAUAAGAAACGACUUUAGAUGUUUUAUGAAUACCAGCCCAGAAGUCUCAGACAGUCUCAAUAGUUGCUUUGUUUACAAAGAAACUUAUCAAUUGGCUGUUGAAAAUCAAUCGGAUUUGUUCAGAUAAUGUGACACUUUUGUUAUUUUCUAGCAUUGUUGUGUAUCAUACAACAAACAAUGUAGGCCAGCCGUCAUGAAAGUUAAGUUGCAACAUGGCUAUAAAGGAGCCAUAUAUUCUGUUGACAAUAUUAUGUAAUGACAAUGAAAAGCCUGAAAUUUUAAAUAAACAAAAAAAUAUAAAUUAUGAAGCCAUUUUCAGAAAACAUUCAAAAUUUACUAUUGUAAAACUAGAAUUUAUCCCCAUUUUAAAACCUAUUUCUGAACAAUGGAAUACAACAAUAUGUUAUUUAAUUUAAGCUAAUUUUGAGUUAACAUCAACUGUCACGUGAAGGUAUGUGUCUAUUUGCACAUUUACGAUGAUUCAAGUUUAAUACAAAGCAUAGUUGAUGACAGUGUUUUGAGGGCCUAGCAUAAGACAGACGUAAGUCAUUCUUUUAUGUCCUUCUUUGUAAGGCAUCAAAAUGGAUUAACAUCCCAAUGGGCCUUAGCCCUUGGAAUGUUGCUGAUUUUUACAUCAUGCAAGUAGUUGAUCACUUUUUAAUAACCAUAUUAAAUAGAUGCUUGUUUGAAUUUUAAGAUUAAUGCAAAUUUUCAAAUUGUUUGUCUAAGGUCUUGAUGUUUUUAUCUAUUUUUAUGCUAAUUUAUUAAUAAAAUGCAAAUACAUGUAGUUGAGCUUGGCUGAUGAGAUCAUUUGCAUUUUUAGCUUGACUAUUCGAAGAAUAAAGAGAGCUAUCCUAGUCACCUGAGCAUCGGCGUCAGCGUAACCACUUAUGUUAAAGUUUGCGUACCACCUCAAAUAUUUUCAAAGUCCAUAGACAUAUGGCUUUGAAACUUUGCACACUUGUUCACCAUCAUGUCCCUAACCUGUACACAGGAGAUGGUAACUCUAUCAAGCAUUUUGACAAAAUUAUGCCCCUUUUUCUACUUAGAAUUUAUGUUAUAGAUUGCGUACCACCUCAAAGUCCAUUGACAUCUGGCUUUGAAACUUUGCUUGUUUACCAUCAUGCCCCCAACCUGUACACAGGAGAAGUUUGCAUACCGCCUCAAAUAUUUUCCAAUUCAAUUUAUGUAAAUAUCUCAGCACAUCAUGUAUUGCAUUGAAAACUAAUCUAACAGUGAUCCAUGCAUGUUUCGCCAACACUUUUCAAUAGCGGCGGAAUAGUCGAGCGCGCUGUCUCUGUGUUAUUUUUUUUCUAGUUUUUUUUUUUUCGAUUGAAGAAACACUUGUACGGUUAUACCAUAUAUAGCUUAAUAUCUACUAAGUGUAUUGUUCGUCUGAGCCUUAAGUUGUAUUGUAUUUGUUUCUAUAUGUCAAUUAAUAUGUAAAGCUUAUAUCGAAAUUUGAUUGUAUUGCAUGGAUAAAAAUGCUAUAAAAACAAUUAAAUCAUUAAUGAUAA